AUGAUUUUUUCUCGAAAUUCUUUUUUAAUUAUUAAUUAUAUUUCACGUCGAUUUGUUCAAAAUCUUCCACGUAAUGUUCAACUUGAACUUGAUCCAGAUGUUAGUAAACAAUUAACAUCUGAUAAUAGAAAAUUAGCGUUUUUUAAAGAACAUAAAGGAAAAUUUAAUCAUACAAGUGUCUUACCAAAACAACUUGAAGAAACAAUAAAUACAAUUCUAUCUGAUAUUGAACCACAACGUCUGAAAGUGGAUAUGAAAUUACUUGCAGAUCAUUUAGCUGAACGACGUUUACCAAUUGAACAACGUGAAUUAAAAACUAUAGCACAAAAUGUUAUACAAAAUUUAAUAAAUACAGAACCACCAAUAAAUACGUUAGCAAUGAGUCCUGAAAAACGUGAAGAAUUAAAUCUUAAACGACAACAUGAAUUAAUGAAACGAUUAAAAUCAUCAAUUUAUCAUUGGCAACCAUUGACUUUUGAUGAAUAUAAAUCUAAAAUAUAUAUGGCGACAAAUUUUGCAUCAUAUUAUGCAAUGCUCGUACAAAUUUUUAAUGAAAUUAAAAAACGAGAACGAAAUUUUCGACCUGCUCGUUUAUUUGAUUUCGGAUCUGGUGUUGGUUCUGCUAUGUGGGCAGCUAUGCAUGUAUGGGGUAAACAAACAUUUGCCGAAAUUCUUAAUGUUGAUAAAUCACGUGAAAUGAAUGAACUAUCUCAAUUAAUAUUACAAGGUGGUCAACAUAAUAAAACACCAAUUGUACAUGGUGUUGUCUAUCGACAAUUUAUGCCACAUGGACGUGAUAAUAUAUUUGAUCUUGUUGUUGCUGAUCAUACGUUAUUUGAAUUUGAAAAUCGUUUUGAACGUUUAAAAGCUGUUCAAUCAUUAUGGUAUAAUGUUAAACCUGGUGGUUUUCUAAUUCUUGUUGAACAAGGUACUAUUCAUGGUUAUACAGCAAUUAUUGAAGCUCGUGAAAAUCUAUUACAUCGUAUCGCUGUUUUUGAUGAAACAACGAAGAAGAAUGACGAUGAAAUAAAUAAUGAAGAAUCAUUGACAGAACAUGAUGACUCAUUGCUGAAUCAACGAUAUUCUCCAGCACACAUUUUUUCACCGUGUCCUCAUGAUUUAACUUGUCCAAAGAAACAGUUAAAUAUACCAUGUCGAAUAGCAACACGAUAUCGACCAUUACAAAUAUUUGAUCUUCAACGACAUGUGCCUGAUUAUAAAACAACUGAAAUGUCAUAUAUUGUUAUUAAAAAAGCCGAACGAAAUAAAGAUGAUAUUUAUGAAACAUGGCCACGUGUUAUUGAACCUAUAAUGGAUCGUAAACAUCAUCAACAUGUUCGACUAUGUUGCCCGAAUGGUGAAUAUGUUAAUGUACCUAUAUCAAAAAAUAAACAUGGCGUUGGUCUUCAUCGUUUAUCACAUCAUGCUGAACCCGGUGAUAUAUUUCCAGUAACUGGCGAACUUAUUGAAGAUAAAACUAUAAAUAAUAAAGAAGACGUAAUAACUCCUCCACAACGACGGAGACGAGCAUAUCGAACAUAA